AUCUGUACCGGAGCCGCCGUGCAUCCGACUGCGUCUUAGCCGAGCGGUUAUGCUACCGGGACGCUCCGCCGUGAAUUCGCAGGGAGCUCGGGUAGCUGAAGGCAGGAGCCGGCCCUGAGCUGCUGGGGACGGGAGCGCAUCUCAUCCCGGCCGACAGCUGUGCAAAGCGAGGAUGGGGCCGAGGGAGGAGGCAGCUGCCCCGCAGCCCUCCGAGAGCCCCCGCAGAGCCGUGCCCCGAGCCGGGCGGGCGGCACCGCGCUCCGGGCAGCUUUGAAGUGAGAGGAGACGGUCGUGUUUUGAAAGGCGAGAGAUGAACUGAAGAUUAAACAUGUAUGGGAAUUAUCCUCACUUCAUUAAGUUUCCUGCGGGCUUCGGCAAUUCCCCUGUUCAUGCCAGCUCCACGUCUGUGAGCCCAUCAUCCAGCCUGUCCGUGGGGAGCACGGUGGACGGACACCACAACUACCUCGAGGCCCCCACAAACGCCUCCCGGGCGCUGCCAUCCCCCAUGAACACCAUUGGGUCUCCAGUGAACGCGUUGGGCUCACCCUACAGGGUCAUCGCAUCCUCCAUUGGCUCGCAUCCCGUUGCUCUGUCGUCCUCAGCCCCGGGCAUGAAUUUUGUGACCCACAGCCCACAGCUCAAUGUGCUCAACAAUGUCAGCAGCUCGGAGGACAUCAAGCCCUUGCCAGGUCUACCAGGGAUUGGGAACAUGAAUUAUCCAUCCACAAGCCCAGGUUCUUUAGCCAAACACAUCUGUGCCAUCUGUGGGGACAGGUCUUCAGGGAAGCACUAUGGGGUGUACAGCUGCGAGGGCUGCAAGGGCUUCUUUAAGAGGACCAUCCGGAAAGACCUGAUCUACACCUGCCGUGACAACAAGGACUGCCUCAUCGACAAGCGCCAGCGCAACCGCUGCCAGUACUGCCGCUAUCAGAAGUGCCUCGCCAUGGGGAUGAAGAGGGAAGCCGUGCAGGAGGAGAGGCAGCGGAGCAGGGAGCGCAGUGAGAACGAAGCUGAAUCCACGAGCGGCGGCAGCGAGGACAUGCCUGUGGAGAGGAUCCUGGAAGCCGAGCUGGCAGUCGAACCCAAGACGGAGGCAUACAGCGACGUGAACACGGAGAGCUCAACCAAUGACCCCGUCACCAACAUCUGCCACGCUGCUGACAAGCAGCUCUUCACCCUCGUCGAGUGGGCCAAGCGCAUCCCCCACUUCUCCGACCUGACCCUGGAGGACCAAGUCAUCCUCCUGCGGGCAGGCUGGAAUGAGCUGCUCAUUGCAUCCUUCUCCCAUCGCUCUGUGUCGGUGCAGGAUGGCAUCCUGCUGGCCACAGGCUUGCAUGUGCACCGCAGCAGUGCUCACAGUGCAGGCGUGGGCUCCAUCUUUGACAGAGUUUUGACAGAGCUGGUGUCCAAAAUGAAGGACAUGCAGAUGGAUAAGUCGGAGCUGGGGUGCCUGCGAGCCAUUGUCCUCUUCAACCCAGUGACUCUCUUGUCCAGACGCCAAGGGCCUGUCCAGCCCCUCCGAAGUGGAGUCGCUGCGGGAAAAGGUCUACGCCACGCUGGAAGCCUACACGAAGCAGAAGUACCCCGAGCAGCCGGGGCGGUUUGCCAAACUCCUCCUGCGCCUGCCAGCACUACGGUCCAUCGGGCUGAAGUGCCUGGAGCACCUCUUCUUCUUCAAGCUGAUCGGGGACACCCCCAUCGACACCUUCCUCAUGGAGAUGCUGGAGACACCCCUGCAGGUCACUUGAGGGUCCGCUCCCCCCCGCCAUAUCCCCACACAGCUCCCACCCCUCCUCUCCGGGCUACAAGAGCCGCCCUCCACCCUCUGCUCCUCUUUGGUGGGAUUGUUGUGUCUUUGUACAGCUGUAAAUCGUCCCCUCUAACCCUCCCCGGUGGGGUUGCGGACCCUCUGCCCAGCUAACCACACACCUCCCUGUACAGAUAAUUGCUUUAAAUUAUUUUUUCACUCUCAAUAAAAGCCAACAACAACAACAACAAAAAAAUAAAGUAAUAUAUGAGAGGC